AUGGUAACACCAGAAGUCAAGCAAGCACUAGACUCGCUCAACGCCUCUGGCCCACUCUCCUGCAUCAUUGUCGGCAUCGAGAGCCACAUCUGUGUCACUCAGACCACACUCGAUCUCCUCCGGGCCGGACACCAAGUCUAUGUCAUUGCUGAUGGCGUAAGCUCGUGUAAUAAAGAAGAGGUGCCGAUCGCUUUGGCAAGGCUACGCCAUGAAGGUGCCGUGGUGACCACUAGUGAGAGCUUCAUGUACGAAUACGUUGGGGACGCUAGUACACCCGAGUAA